AUGGGACGCAAAAAGCUAGUCAUCGAGAAAAUCAAAGAACCGAGGCGGAGAAAAGUCACAUUUGUCAAGCGCAAACGAGGGAUUUUGAAGAAGGCGCAUGAGCUGGCGGUGCUGACUGGCUCUGUUGUGACUCUCUUGAUUCAUAACGACAACGUGUCGGAGAAGCAUGCUUUUGGGGAAUCGGACGCCGUUCAGAUCGAACACCCAACCAACGUGAAUCAGUCUGCGUCUAGAGACGAUGCAGAGCUGCAGGACUGGCAGGUCGAUGAGUUGCCACUCAGGAGCGAUGCUCAUGCCACACCGUUGGAGCCUGGCUCGUCUUCAUUCAUGGAGGAACUGGUUCCGUGGCAACCGGUCACGCUCUGUGACGAAGAGACAAUUCUAGCGGCAAGUCUCCCGGGCAGCAACGCUUUAUCUGUCGAUACGAGUCACUGGCUUGCGUUGCAGGACUUCUCGGCAUCGAGCGAAUGGAUGCAACAGUUUUCUAGUGAAGGCCAGGACGUGCUGGGUCGGCUUUUUGACGAUACGGAGUGGCAGCAGUAUUGUACUCGAUAUCUAGGCUAG